AUGACAAAAGACGCGAAGAACAUGUGUAAGAAUGUGGAAACGUACAAGGCAUCAGCCGAUCAUCUUCAUCAAGCAUUGAACUAUAUGCUUGUCGAGAAUCCAGUCACUUCGAAAUACUUACAUGAAGCUGUUAAGACUGAACCAACUUAUCGAUACGCUGGAUUGUACAUGAGAACUUAUGAUGGUGUGAAUAAGAAGGGAAGGAAGUUAGGAUCGAAACAGGAUUUGAAGGAAAUGGAGAGUCUGGAACCGGUUUCCAAAGUGUUGCUCCAACUAGAUGCUGAGCAAGAAAAGCGGGUAAAAGAGCAAUUGGAGCACUUGAAACCACUGACAAAGUUCAUUGGAGAAGACUAUUGGGAGUACGCCAGACUUCGGAAAAUAUACUGGGAUGCAUUGGAAGCCUAUGAUGAUGCGGUGACACUUCAGAAUAAGGAACGAACGGAGGAAGCGGAGCGAGCGACGGCGAAUGCACAGAACUGGAGAAAUGAGUGUCGGCAGAAGAUGAUGGUAUUCAUUGAGAAGACGAUUAAUGAGAAUAAGGGGAAACAUGCUGAGUGUGUUCUCAAGUUUCGUGACGAAGCGAUUCAGUUCCACAAAUCGAUGGCUGAUUCAAUACCGGCAUUCGAUGUGGCUCCGGAUGCUCAUAGUGCUAUUCAGCCACCAAAGUGA